CGGCGCCAUAUGUUUCGCCAACCUGGAACAAGACCGAAUUUGGUUGACCUUUCGAACUGGCUCCGUUACGAAACCUGGUGUCACAGCUAUGAUGCCGAACCAACGCCAAAGGGCUCGCAUACUAAGUCAGACUCUGUGAAGAGGACAGUAACUAUUCUGCAUGGUGUUGGAGAAUCCCAGGGUGAGACACCCAUCCCUCGGAAAGUUUAUGUUUCACAAACCAAGCCUGUGAAAGUCAAGCGUUAUUGUCCUUUCUGUGAUAAGGCAGAGCAUUACCUGAGUCAGUGUGAGUCCUUUGCCAAGCUUACCUCCGACCAGGUCAAAACAUGGAUUCGCAGUAACAACCGUUGUUUGCGUUGCGCCAGGACACACCAUGCUGCCCAGUGUGACCUAAAGAAGCCUUGCAAUAUCUGUCAAGCCAUCCACCUUCGUCCUCUUCAUGAGGUGAAUGUCAGUUCCUCUCCCAAGGACGAUUCAGCUAACAUGGAAAAGAGUUGCCUGACAAGUUCUUCAUCAGAUCGGUUCUUUCUGGAUAAGCCCUCUGUUGGAGGUCGGGUUAUGCUCAAAGUAGUUCCUGUAAACCUGCAUUAUGAAGAUCGCACACUAGACACCUAUGCUCUUCUUGAUGACGGGUCGGAGAGGACUAUUCUGCUUUCCACUGCUGUUAAGGCGCUGGGCAUUCAGGGUGUUCCUGAGGAUCUACCUUUGCGAACAGUGAGGGAUGAUAUUCAGGUUCUUCAUGGUUCGUCCGUAUCAUUCCAGAUCUCUCCCUUCUGUAAACCUCAGAAAAGUUACAAGAUUAACCAUGCCUUCACUGCAGAUCGUCUAAACCUGUCGCGUCAGUCGUACCCAAUAGAACAACUGCAACAGAAGUACCGACAUCUGCGGGGUCUUCCUGUCCGUACGCUUACAGAUGUCCAGCCAUUACUUCUCAUUGGUUCCGAUCAACCUCACCUCAUCACCCCAACAGAGCCUGUGCGAUGGGGCGGCCCGGGUGCGCCAGCUGCGGUUCAUACGCGCCUGGGAUGGACACUUCAGGGCCCCAUACCUUUCAUGGGGCGGCCUCAUGCCACACGGCAAUGUCUGUUUACCUCCAUUGCUCCGACUCAGGAUGAACUCCUUCAAAAUGUUCAACGACUGUGGCAGUUGGAUGUUGUUCCGCAGUGGGAGGGCAAAGCGGUGACCAGGUCCAAGGAGGAUCAAAGGGCUCUUGAGUUGCUUGACCUUAAAACUCAUACUCAAGAAAUCGAGGGAAUCAAACGGUUGGCGACACCUUUACUGCGGCGGAAGGAUAUGCCUUUGCUUAAUGCACCUAAGGAAUCGGUCCUACCUACCCUUCGCAGUGUGGAAAGACGUUUGCUAAAGGACCCUGUAAAAGCUGAGGUUUAUAGGGAAGAGAUGAGGAAACUCGUUGAUACAGGAGUAGUUAAGGAAGUGGCUGACCCUGUAACUGAGCAGUCUGAAAGCUGGUAUAUCCCUCACCACAUCGUCAGUCACAAUGGGAAGUUUCGUGUUGUCUUUAACUGCUCCCAUCAAUACAGAGGACAAAGCCUUAAUCAGUACCUGCUGUCAGGGCCUACCCUUGGAGCCUCGCUAUUAGGUGUCCUGGUCCGCUUCAGAGAACAUCCUGUAGCUGUGAGUGGGGACAUCAAAGCGAUGUUCCACCAGGUCCGUCUUCUCCCUGAGGACCGUCCUUUACUCCGUUUCCUGUGGCGAGACUUGGAGAUGGAUAAGGCACCCAAGAUUCUCGAAUGGCAGGUGUUACCCUUUGGCACGACCUCCAGUCCAUGUUGUGCUACCUACGCAGUACAGCGCCAUGUGCUGCAACACCCCCUGACUGAUCAGGCGAUUCGGUUCUCUGUAGAAAGAUGUUUCUAUGUCGACAACUGCCUGCAGAGUUUGCCUUCUACUGAUGCUGCUCGGACCUUGAUUAAUCGACUACGAGACAUCCUUUCUGAAGCUGGAUUUGACAUUCGCCAGUGGGCCUGCAAUGAUCCUGGUGUGCUGAGUCACCUCCCCAUGGAAGCUCGAUCCGAGAGCGUGGAACUGUGGUUGACACAAGGGAAGUCUGAUGUCCCUGAAUCCACGCUGGGUCUAAGCUGGAACUGGCAGCAUGAUACCUUGUCCUACAAGCAUCGGCCUGUGAUUUAUAGAACUCCCACUUUGAGGAACAUCUAUAAGGUCCUGGCAUCCCAGUACGACCCUCUGGGAUUCCUCUUACCUUAUACGACUCGAGCAAAGGUCAUCAUUAAGCACCUGGGGAACAAACAGAGAGGGUGGGAUGACCCUAACCUACCACCUGAACUUCUUCAGUCCUGGAUUGCGUGGGAGGAGGAACUUCAACACCUCUCUUGUGUCUCUUUCCCCCGUCCUUAUGUUCCUGUUGAUGUUGGAAUGGAUAGAGCUACUCAUGAAGUACACAUCUUCUCGGAUGCCUCCGAGCAAGCCUAUGGAGCAGUGGCUUAUCUCCGAACUACUGACCAGGAUGGUCGGACUUACCUGUCCUUCAUAAUCGCACGCUCCCGUGUUACUCCAAGACGAACUCACUCCAUUCCAAGGCUGGAACGCUGUGGAAGUCUAAUUGCAGCACAGUUGGCUAAGUUACUGGUGACCGAGUUGACCUUAUGCAUCAAGUCUGUUUCCUUGUGGACCGACUCUACCACGGUCCUCCAGUGGUUGAAUUCAGAGUCCUGUCGCUAUAGGGUCUUCGUGGGAAACAGAAUCGCAGAGAUUCAGGAGCUGACUGACAAGUGUUCAUGGCAUUAUGUCAGCUCUGCGGACAACCCGGCUGAUGAUCUCACGAAAGGGAAACCUCUCCAAUACCUUGCUGCACUGAACCGUUGGUCUCAAGGUCCCUCUUUCCUCCUGCAGAAACCCAAAGAAUGGCCAGUAAUCCCUAAACCUGAGGUCAUGGAGGACAAGGCAGAAAUGCGGAAAUCUGUCUUCUGUGGGAUCAAUACCUUACCUCUUCCUUCUGAUCACUAUGAUAAAUGGAACUACAACACCUGGCAAGAGUUAUUGGACAUGACUGCCCAAGAACUUCGGGCUAUCCAUGCUUCAGGGACGCCUCCAGAAGCUGAGGAUUACCUCCAGGCCGAGAUCGAUAUUGUGAAACAGGUACAACAGGAAUCCUUUCCUGAGGAUUACAAACUGCUGCAGACUGGAAAGUCGGUCAGGUCUGGAAGUCGGCUGGUUACCUUAGCCCCUGAAAUUAAUCUGUCCAGUGGGCUUAUAAGAGUAGGAGGCCGUUUAAGGAGAGUUGUUGACAUGCAGGAUUCUGUCCUGCAUCCUCUAGUCCUGGAUUCCAACCACCCGGUCACUCGUUUGAUCAUUCACCACUACGACCACCAGUUGCAUCAUCCUGGAUCUGAACGUCUGUUUGCGGAAAUUAGGAGAUACUACUGGAUCUUACGAGGACGUGAAGCUGUUAGGAGGUUUCAACGUGACUGCCCUGAAUGUCAAAGGUGGAGAGCCCAGCCAACAAUCCCUAAGAUGGCGGAUCUACCCUCUGCGCGCCUUCAGCUCUAUAAACCUGCCUUCCAUUCUUGUGGAGUUGACUGCUUUGGCCCUCUGUCUGUGAAAAUUGGAAGGCGGACAGAGAAGCGUUGGGGCAUUCUGUUUAAAUGCUUGACUACCAGAGCUGUGCAUUUGGACCUACUCCCUAGCAUGAGUACAGACUCAUUUCUCAUGGCUCUAAGAAGGUUUGUCGCGAGGAGAGGAACACCAGCAGAAUUAUUGUCGGAUCGAGGUACGAACUUCCGUGGAGGUGAAAGGGAGUUACGGGAAGCUUAUGCCGCACUGGUUCCUGACAUACAGCAUCACCUUGCCAAACAAAAGAUCCACUUCCGCUUUAAUCCCCCUUCGGCCCCUCACUUUGGUGGGGUUUGGGAAAGAGAAGUGAGAUCUGUCAAAUCAGCCUUGUACACAGUUGUGGGUUCACAGCCCAUUCCUGAGGAGGUCUUAAUGACAGUCUUGCUGGAAGUAGAGGCCAUCCUAAGCUCAAAACCUUUAGGAUAUGUGUCGUCAGAUGUGGCAGAUGCUGACCCUGUGACCCCAAAUAGUCUCUUAAUGGGGCGGCCCGAUGGAUCUCUACCUCAAGUCAUUUACCCAGAAUCGGAAAUGUUGAGUCGUCGGUACUGGAGACACUCCCAGGUCCUGGCAGACCGAUUCUGGUCUAAGUUCGUGAGGGAUUAUCUUCCAGGUCUCCAAACCCGGCAGAAAUGGCAAGCCUCUCCUCCUGAUUUGAAGGAGAAAACCAUUGUUAUGAUUGUGGACCCCCAACUACCUCGAAGCUUAUGGCCUGUGGGCCAAGUCAUUAAAACCCACCUAAGCCCAGAUGGUCAUAUCAGGUCAGCAGAUGUGAAGAUAAAGGACCAAGUUUAUACCAGACCAGUAGCCCGCCUGGUCAUCCUGCCAGCUUUACCAAAGGAUGGACUUAACGCCUCCAAGUAAGUCGCCUUUAUGGGAAGCAAAGAUGCUUGCAUCUUUGGGGGCGGCUGUAUUAAAGGCUCCUUUAAAAGGGACUUUUAUUUUGAAACCGGAGCCGCCGCUGUUCUGCCGAUCGUGAACAGUGUAGUUAGUUGAGCUGCCGCUGUCUGUGGUAGAGCUGUAAUCGGGCCUUAAAAGUUAGGCCCGAAAUGUCCGGAGCCCGACAGAAUGCAGCCCGAACCCGAACGUACAUUUAGAUUGACAGCUUUUUAAAAGCCCGAACCCGUUUACAGCCCGACAUUAUUUAAAUGUGCGCACACACACAGCUUUUGUCAAGAAUGAGAAAUUUACACAGGUUUUAACAUUAUUUAUUCAUGACUAAUAAUCUACACGCCACUUGGAAGUUGAAACAAAGAAAUAAGUAAUCUGUAACAUUGUAACAUCUCAUUCUAAAUAGGCUUAUGCAAUACACUAUAAAUAUGCCAAUAAAAUUAUUAUUUCUUAACGAAUUAAAUUAAGAUAAUACAUUCUGAAUUAAGAUGGGAAUUUGGCAAUAACGAAAUUAAGAGGCAGGCUCCGCGGGAUUUGCGUCGGCACUUCUCUCCAUUACUGCCAACAUUAGUCUAUAUCCUCUGUCUAAAUUAUGUAAGACUCGAUUCAUAUUUAGUUAUACAUUGAAAAACCUACUCACCAAGAUUAGGCUACAUGUUUUUGAUGAGGAAAAUCAUUAAAUCCACUGUAAAUGAAUUCAGCGCGAUCCUGCGCUACUGAUUUGAACUUGACCGCUCAUUUACCUCACAAAGCCGGAGCGGAAGCCCGAGCCCGCCCCGAGCCCGUGUAAAAUGUUAGAAAUGAAGCCCGAACCCGCCCGAGCCCGUCGGGUUCGGGCAAAGAUCUUCAGCUCUAGUCUGUGGUGUCUGUGUGAACUGUGUGAGCUGUCAUCUAAAUGAUGUGAACAACUGUUUGUUGAUGGUGAUUGCUGCAGAUGUAACAUCAAGAUGUUAGUCACUGACCUCAAAACUAUGUUCAUCUUUGAAUAUGCAUCUGUGGUCCAUCCUUUUACCAUCAAUACAAACUGUUGAACUGAACUCCUGUCUCCUCAUUAUUAGUGCUCUGACCGGCACUCAGGAGGGUUUACUCGUCCGAUACAGAAUCAGAACCUAAUAGUCGUAAAGCCUUCCUAACA